GUAUAGCUAAUACAACACUCGCGAAAAUUAAGAAUUUCCCCUUUUUCUCAAAUCUCAAACCGAAAAUCACUAACACACUGCUACUCUUCUCUUCAAUCUCUCCUCCGAUUCUUGAAUUGUUCAAAUGUGUGAGACCUUCGAAACUCGCUUCCUUCCAUUCCAGAUUUGCUUCUUCUGCUGCUUCUGAUUUCGAAUCCAAUCCAAACCAAUCCAAUGUCUUCCAGCUUCAGUCCCUCUCGCCCGCCGUUAAUCGGCGUCUCCAGGUUGAGAUCCUCCUCCGUCAAGAAGCUGCCGGAACCAUUGCGCCGCGCCGUCGCCGACUGCCUCUCCGCCUCCCUCUCUCCCUCCAAUGAACCUUCCAGAACUCUUCAGGACUAUCUAAAAGGCCCUGCAACCAUAGACUUGGCUUAUAGUGCAAUUCUGGAACACACUAUUGCAGAGAGGGAACGCAGUCCUGCUGUAGUCACAAGGUGUGUGGCACUUUUGAAGCGGUAUCUCCUAAGAUACAAACCAAGCGAGGAGACUUUACUUCAGAUUGAUCGUUUUUGUUCAACCAUAAUUGCUGAAUGUGAUAUAAACCCCACUCAGCCAUGGACACGAGCAUCAAAUCAACAAUCUGGUGCAUCAACAUCCAUAAAUACAUCUCCUUUGCCUGUAUCCACCUUUGCUUCUGAGGCACUUGUCAAGUCACUGAGUUAUGUGCGUUCCCUAGUGGCUCAACACAUUCCUAAACGGCUUUUUCAACCAGCUUCAUUUGCUGGACCGCCUUCGUCAUCUGGACAGUCACUGCCAACUUUGUCAUCUUUACUGAGUAAAUCCUUCAAUUCCCAACUGAGUCCUGCAAGUAUUGCAGAAGCAAAAGGUGUUGCAAGUGUUCCAGAAGCACUAGAGAAGGAUUCAAUUGCUCGAUCUGUUUCGAAGUUAUCGAAAAUUGAAAAAGUUGAUGAAGAGGAUGAACUAGGGUUCAUUGCCCAUGAUGUUCUGAAAUGGCGCUGGCUUGAGGAACCACAGUCUUCAUCUAUAGGGAAUGAAAAUGAUCGCACUGUGAAUUCUCAAGACAUGACAGCACAUAGUUUCUUAGAAGUAGGUGCAGCAGCUCUACUUGUAGGAGAUAUUGAAUCUAAGAUGAAGGGGCAACCAUGGAAAAUUUUUGGAACUGAUGAUUUGCCUUACCUGGAUCAGCUAUUGCAGUCUUCCCCUGUAACAGCUAUUACUAAUUCUGACUCUGCUCGUCCCCACCUGAGAGCAAUAACAGCAUCUAAACGCACAAAACCAGGCUCUCGUCAAAUUUGGGAGGAUUUUCCUGUGGUUACAUUCCGUCCUAGAGCUAGACAGCUAUUCCAAUAUCGGCAUUACAGUGAGCAACAACCUCUGCGAUUGAACCCAGCUGAGGUACAGGACGUCAUUGCUGCAGUUUGCACGGAGGCUUCUUCCCCAAACACCAAUGUUAGGAUAGCACCUACUAGACUGAGUAAUAACAGUGGAAAACCAUCCACGGAUGUGGCUGUGAGCGUCCUUAUUAAACUAGUUAUUGACAUGUAUGUUUUAGAUUCUCGGACAGCUGCUCCUCUCAUUCUUUCUAUGCUUGAGGAAAUGCUUAGUUCUUCUAAAACAGCUUGCAGGGUUCGUGCUUUUGAUUUAAUUCUAAACCUUGGAGUUCAUGCACAUCUCCUAGAACCGAUUAUUGUAGAUGAUACUUCUACUAUUGAAGAAGAAUAUUCUCAAGAAUCCUAUUAUGAAAGUGACACUCAAGUUAUGGAGCCAGGAAGCAAAAAAGGAUAUUCUCAGAACAAAUCAGAGACAGGCUCCUCAAUUGAUAAUUUUGAGUCUUGGAUUUUAGCUAUUCUGUAUGAGAUACUACUUCUUCUUGUUCAGACUGAAGAACAGGAGGAAUCUGUUUGGGCAUCUGCACUCAGCUGUUUGCUUUAUUUUGUCUGCGAAAGAGGAAAGAUCUGGAGAAAUCGUUUACUAGGUCUCGACAUAAGGGUUCUGAUGGCACUUAUAAAAAUCAGCAGGGAGAACUCUUGGGCAGAAUUAGUUCAUUGUAAGCUUGUUUCCAUGUUAACCAACAUGUUUUAUGAAGUUCCUGAUGAAGUUGAUGAGUCUGUACCCAGCAAACCAAAGUUUCUUGUGGAUCAACUUGAUCUGAUUGGUGGAGUUCAAUUUAUUUUUAUUGAGUAUUCCCUUGCAAACUCAAGAGAAGAGAGGAAAAAUCUGUAUUCAGUGCUUUUUGAUUAUAUUCUGCAUCAAAUCAAUGAAACAUGCAUAGCAACUGGUGUCAAUGAAUAUAGUGAUGAUGAGAUCCAACCUCUUGCUGCUCUGCUUGCUCAAACAAAUGCGCCCGAGGCAUUUUAUAUUUCUGUUAAACUUGGGGUAGAAGGCAUUGGGGAGAUUCUCAGAAGAUCAAUUGCAUCAGCACUGUCCAGAUAUCCUAACAGUGAACGACUAAAUACGCUACUGGAAAUUGUAGCAGAGAAAUUUGAUGCCAUAAUAAGUUCGUUCACUCAUUUGGACAAAGAGUUCUCUCAUAUGAUUCAGAUAACCAAAUCUCUCAAAUUUAUGGAAAAUGUGGAAGGUGUGGUUAUGAGAAAUGGCAUUGGUUUGCAGGCAAAGCAGUCAUGGGCAACUUUACAUUCCCUUAUUCAUUCUGAAAGAAUUUCUUACCGUCAAAAUGGGUAUAUCUGGUUAGGGGACCUGCUUAUUGCAGAAAUUAGUGGCGAAAGAGAUGGGAAUAUAUGGACGAGUAUCAAAUACUUCCAGCAGAAAAUUGCUCAAGCUGGAAUUCAAGAUUCUUUAAAUACGGCAGAUGUUCCUUUGCCCAUUUUACUUAUGUGUGGCCUUUUAAAGUCAAAAUACAACUACAUUAGAUGGGGAUUUUUGUUUGUUCUUGAAAGGCUUCUCAUGAGAUGCAAAUUUUUGUUAGAUGAGUAUGAAAUGCAACUAUCAAGCAGCAGAGAUCUGGGUCAUGGGAAGAAAGAUUGGCAUCUAGAGAAAGCCAAUGCAGUAAUUGACAUAAUGAGCAGUGCUUUGUCUUUGGUGUUUCAGAUAAAUGAAACAGAUCGCAUCAAUAUUCUGAAAAUGUGUGACAUAUUGUUCUCUCAAUUGUGCCUAAGAGUUCCUCCUGCUGCAGCUCUUCCCUUUGGAGAUGAUGUGCAACAUCGCAGAACUUUAAAUCGCACUAUUAAUCAUGUUGUCAAACAAGAUUCUUUUUACUGGGAUGAAAACAAGGAAGAAGUUCAUAGAAGAUCUGGCUACCCUAAUAACUACCACCUGGAUCAUCAGACUACUUCAACGGCAGCACUUUUCCAAGGACGAGCCAUUGUCCCAAUGCAAUUAAUUGCACGUGUCCCUGCUGCCUUGCUAUAUUGGCCACUAAUUCAGUUGGCUGGAGCAGCAACAGAUGAUAUUUCAUUGGGUGUUGCUGUUGGAAGUAAAGGAAGAGGAAACCUGCCUGGUGCUACAUCUGAUAUUCGGGCCACACUUCUUCUACUACUUAUUGGUAAAUGCACAGCAGAUCCUCGAGCUUUCCAGGAGGUUGGUCAGGAACAAUUUUUUAGGGCACUUUUGGAUGACACAGAUUCAAGAGUAGCAUAUUAUUCUUCUGCUUUUCUUCUGAAGCGAAUGAUGACUGAGAAGCCAGAGAAAUAUCAAAACAUGCUUCAGAAUCUUGUUGUUAAGGCUCAACAGAGUAACAAUGAAAAACUGUUAGAGAAUCCAUAUCUUCAAAUGCGUGGCAUACUUCAACUGGCAAAUGAUCUUGGGAUUGACCUGUGAUCUUCAAGGCAUGACUUUCUGGGAGGCUAUAUUAUAUGGAGUAGGACUAUGCAUGGUUUGAGGAAUUGUUGCUACUGAUUCUGAGGAAAAAUCAUUCAUCGUUCAAUUGGCUCAGAUUGAAACACAUAUAUCCAGAACAUACUUAACUUCGUAUGUUUUAUUCAUGCAACACACUUAUGAUUGAUUUUCAACAUGGCAGAGUCUAAUUGUGGGCAGAGAAAGAGAGCCAGUGGAAUUGGGUCAACUCUUAAAUAUUAAUUGAUUACUUUGAGAAGUAAUUAGCUGAAGUAGGAACAUUUUGCAUGCCCUCAAUUCCUGUUAAUCUCUUCAGUGAUAUUGCUCUUUUGGAGAACCAUGUAUCUGCCAUCAUGUCUUCAUCUUCCGCAUGUAUUUCAACUACUGGGAUAAGCCAGAGUUCUGUAAAGGGAUAAUUUUGAGUGUCCUUGAUUUUGACUCUACUGAACGGUUAUGCUCUUGGUCUGCCACCAGGCAGUUGCUGGCUGGCUUGCAUUACAAUCCAACCAAAAUGUGUGCAGAACUUCCAUAUGAUUGUUUCUUUUGUACAGGACUUAGAUUCCCACCGAGCCUUCUUCACUUUUUUUCAUUCAUGAAGGCUGCCUCUAUGCUUGCUUUUUACAUGGCAUACGGGACCUUCCAUGGGAAAAGAAAGAACUCAAUUUUGUGCGUUGUCAAUAUAAUCACAAGUCCAACAAAAUCCUUUGAUAAGGGCAUAAUGGGAUGUCUACUUUUAGAGGCAUCCAAGUUGCUCUGACUUUCUGUAAAUAUGUCAUUUUAAUUAUUUUCCCCCUUCAUGAUCUUGCCUUUAUUGCGAAAAUUGUAAACAUGAAUUGAGAAAUUUUUAUGUACUAAUGUAGAUGAUCUAUACAGGGUUUUGUGAUGGAAAUGGUUUUGUGUAGGACUCUGAUCAAACAGCCUCAUUAAUCCUUUAUAAUUCUAUUUUUUGAAAUAUAUUCGGCAAUUAGCCCAAAGUUUUGG